AUAGAUGCCUGUAAGUAGAUUGUGAAUGGAGUGUACUACAGCUGUAGUUCUACUGUGUUUGAGCCACCAAGAAGAACUGUUGUAAGUCACAAAGAAACAGUCUGAAGAAUCUCUCUCUAAUUUCUUUAUUGCGUCUUGAACCUGGAUAAUUGCUACCUUUUUCACAAAAUGUCAUGCUGACCAGUUGUAAUAUCAACAUCUCACACCAUAUGUCAAAAUAAAGCAGAAAGCCGGCAUCAGCAGCCUUAAAUAGACACCCUGCAUAGUUAGAGAUGUAGGCCUAUCCAGAGAUAAGUGCUGCUAAAAGACCAUGCAGUUUAUAUGUUCGCUCUGUACAUGUGUUUGGGGAUGAAAGGGGCUGCUUUCUCUGCGCUGGUCUUGUGUGCCCUAUAAGAGACAGGCUGUAAUCAACGGGGAGUAAAUUAGAGAGGACUCAGUGGGAGGCAGAGGAGUCUUGGGACUCGCCCCGCCAAGUACAGAAAUACCCAUUCCCUUAAACAUGGGACUCAUGUACUGACUGCAUAUUUGCAGUGAGUUUCUAGCUCAGGCUGAGUUUUGUGGUGAAUUACACUUUCAUACAAAAUAAAGACCCUUAUCCAGGGACUGUUUAACAUUCAGCAUCCCUUGCAUAACAUGUACAGAAUCACUUCUACAUGGCUGUUCCCUCUCUCAUAAUUCAGAAAAGCUUCAAUCCUAAAUGGAUGCGCCAUGAGUGCAGGAGGAUGAAGAAUGGGUGUGGGAGGUCUAGAAAGAGGGAGGAGAAGCUGAAAAUAGAGGGAUGGACAUCAUUUCGCAGUGAGCUGACUUUUUAGGGCUUAGUAAAAAAGAAAAACAGUCAGUAUAACUCCACAGGGAGGGAACUCUCUUUCACUCUUACUUUUCUCUCAUUCUCCCCUUUAUCUCUGUCUUCUGCACUGUUUUGCUGUUCAGAAGAUUAACCCAGGAUAACCCAUUCUGACAGAGAAGAUGAAUUCCCUUUUGGUUUUUCUCAUCACCUGUGUGACCCUGCUCUCACUGUGUCACGCCACUCCUCUGUUCUACAACACAUCUAUGGACGGCAGUGGUGAUGAAGCGGAGCUAGAGCUCAUUUUUCCAACCUCUUUCUCCACUCGAGCACCUGUUCACAUCUCCACUGCUACUGGAGCUCCCACCCUCACCAACACCAUCACCAACACCAUCACCACCACCAUGAUACGCCUGAAGGACUUCGUCUUUACCCGAGUAGUGGACUUCCUGCAGGAUAAUCUGCUCAUCAUCAUCGUCGUGACCUCUCUUCUCAUCGUCAUGGUCUUCAUCAUCUGCUGCGCCUCUGCCAUGAGUCAUAAGAGCAAGCUGGAGGCCUACAAACCCCCUCCUCAUCCAAACAAGAAGUCUUUGGCCGACAAAACAGGCGGAAGCAAAAAUUCAAGCGAGAUCCAGGAGAGACCGUACGCCGUCGACCACGUGAAGAGGGUCCAGACUCAGAGCAUGGCCUCCCCCAAACACCUCCGCGUGCCCUCCAAGGCUCUGGUGGGAGAGAGGGGAAGAGACGUCAGGUCGUCGCCUCGCCAGGACGUCAGAAAGGUCAGGGAGGCAGAGGAGGUGGAAAAGCGGAGAGAGGAGCCCAAGCACAAAGAGCAGACCAAGCACAGGGAGGAGGUGCAGCAGAGCCCCAGCACCAGCUCCGCGCAUCCAGUGUGCACCUGCCACCUGAAAAAGGCCCACCACUAAGGCAUGUGCAAGCCUGAUAUUGGCAUAAGAGGGAAAAUAUGGAACCAUGCAAAAACAAAAUCAGAAAAGUCGGUUAUGCUGCGCGCAUCAUGUGAUUCAAAUCUGAAACAACUGCCAAUAAGAUAAUGUAUUUGUGAAGCUCAUGCCCUUAUGAAAAAAAUAGAUAAAUCUAAAUGUUCAUGGAAAUAUGCAGUAAUACCUGAUGUAAAAAUGAAAAUGAUAGAAUAUAUAUGACUACAAUACAAAAUACUGAAUUGUGUAGCUACAUUCAUUAUCCUUAGUCUUGCAGUGGUCAACCAGGUUUUUUUUUUAUUAAGGAUUACCACAGAGUCCCAACCACCUAAAAUCAUAUCACUGUGCCAUUGAAGUAGCAUCACUUGAAACAGUGAAAUAAACAAUUUCUCAUAGAUGUGAUUUUUGUUAGAGGAGACAUCUUUUUCUUUAUUAUUUAAAAAAGUAAAAAAAGGGGCAGCCUGUAAAUCCCCAUCCUUUCCAAAUAGAAAUGACAAAACUAGUAAGUACACAUGUGUUUUUAAUACAGAGAUGUAUGAUUCCAUGUGCCUGCCUAGACAGAGGGAUCUCCUCAGUAUGUCCUGCUGUACGCCGCGGCAUCCUUUCAGCAGCGAAGAGCUUUGGCUGAACAAGUCUGGUAUCUAGAGAUUCAUCUUUGCUGCUGUAAAUAAAGCAAAGUGAGAAGCCAGUAAACUUGAUUUGUUGUAACGAAACAAUCUCUUUAUAUUUACAUUCUUAUUUACUUAAUUGUGUUUGUAUAAUGUUGUUUUAUGUCAUAGCAUAUUGUAUUUUACUUUAAGAGCCUAAUUCUCAAAGUUUUACACCGAAAGCACAACUGUGUUAUUUCUGGGACACACACACACACACACACACACACACACACACACACACACACACACACCACAUAUUAUAUACAUAUAUAUAUACAUAUAUAUGUAUAUAUAUACAUACAUAUAUAUAUACAUACAUAUAUAUAUAUACAUACAUAUACGUACAGUAUAUAUAUAUAUAUAUAUAUAUAUAUAUAUAUAUCUAUAUAUCUAUAGAUAUAUAGAUCUAUAUAGAUAUAUAUCUAUAGAUUAUCUGUCUACAUGUGGUUGAUCAUUCUGAUCUGCCUUCAACAUAAAGAGCAGGGUUUCAUUGGUGCAUGAAAACCUUGUGAAUCAGUUUUGGUUUUUAAAAGUAAUACUUAUAUAUAAGAUAAAUUAUGGUUUUGUUUUUAAUGUAACAAUUUGUAAUGAGUCAAAGACUUGAGCACAGGGAUAGAUAGCUGGCUUGUUUUGUGGGUGUAACAGGUUUAUCUUUGACUCAUGGUGGCUAAAAGAAAAGUACUGAGAAGGGUAUAUUUGUCAUUUUCAUCUUAUUUUAUUUUAUUCAAAACUACAGACUACACUGGAGAUCAUUUGUAUAAACUCUCCAACUCACUGUCCCGUUACUCAAGUUAAAGACUGAGCAUCUUAACCAAUGACUUCUGUCAUGUUUAAAUACUCUUUAACCUCAGAUUAUUGUCCUCAGAUGUUUUCACACAGAUUCUUCUUCUGUGAGUUUUAUUGUUUACAAUAUGGCAGUUUUGCUUUGCUUAUGUUGAAUAAAAUUGUUGGUAAUGA